CAUCUGCGCACGGUCCAAUUGCCACCGGGCGAACCAACCACCGCGACCGACCAUAAUCUUGCGUGACCUCGCUCACCGCGUCGAUCCCGUACGGUAGACAUGCUGGGCUUCAAGGCGCCGCUCACAGCAGCUGGGGCUUCAUCCCGCCCGGCCGCGAGCUGUGGUGUGGUUGCGAGCUCGCGCAGCGCUGUGUCAGGCGCGUGCAGCGCCACCCGCCCCGGCUUCGCCUCCUCCGGGAGAUGCGACCCUUUGCAUGGCCCCGUGACCGGUCCGCGCCGCCACAGCCACCCUAACUUUAACAUCUUGGCAGCUGCCACGCCGUCCUCUGGGUCGGCUGGCGCUGCCGUUGCGGCGGCAGCUGGGGGCGUGGCGGGCACGGCCGUGGAGCGCAAUGGGCUUGUGUUCAGCACCGGAGCUGUGGGCAGCUGGGACGAGGCGGCAGUGGGCUCGCCGGUGGUGCGAUGCUACGUGGGCGAUGACGAGCAGCGCUGGUACAUGUGGUACAGCGGCCGGCGGGCGGACUCGCCGGCGGCCGGCGGCGUGGACGCGCUGGCGCCGUCGUCCGGCAGCGUGGGCGUGGCCAUCUCCCGUGACGGCAUCACCUGGCAGCGCGGCUUUGACACCAUCGAGGGGUCCCGCGGCGCCGACGCCGCUGCCGAUGUGGGCAGUGUGAUGCACCCCAACAAGGACUGGUGGACAUUCGACACCUGCCACCUGGCGCCCGGUGAUGUGCAGGUGCUGUCCAACAGCUCCGUGAGCAGCGGCGUGGGUGUGUACUGGAUGUUCUACAGCGGCGGCGACUACGAGCCCGUGCAGCUGCCACAGGGGCUGCCGGCUGGAGCAGCGGCGGGUGCAGCGCCGCCGGAAGGCGUGGAGGGGCUGCGCAUGCGGCCCGGCUUGGCCAUGAGCCAGGACGGCCGCAACUGGGCCCGCAUCGAGGCUGACCACCACACGGGCGCGCUGUUUGAUGUGGGCGGCGAGGGCGAGGCGGACCAGCUGUGCGUGAGGAGCCCGCAGGUGGUGAACCUGGGCCCGCGCGACAUGCGCAUGUUCUACACCUCGUGGGAUGUGUCCCGCCGCCGCUUCGUGGCGUGCAUGGCCACGUCACCAGACGGCUUCAAGUGGACCAAGAAGGGCGUGGUGUUCGACCCCGCGGGCCUGUCGGCCGCCGCCGCCGCGGCCUCCUCGGAUGAGGACCCGGGUGCCUCGAGCGCCUUUGACGCGCUGGGACCAGCCAGCGUCAGCGUCGUGCGUGACGUGGACAACCGCCAACUGCUCAUGUUUUACGAGGCGGUUGGGUGCGACAACCGUCGCAGCAUCGGCAUGGCGGUUAGCAAGGACGGCGGCGCGGUGUGGCGGCGGUACGGUGCGCCGGUGCUGGAGGCGGCGGAUGGCGGCGCUGCGGCGGCGGCGUGGGAUGGCGGCGACGUGGGUCACCCCUGCGCCGUGUCCAUGUCUGCUGGGAGGUGGCGGCUGUACUACACCGGCCGACAGACCAGCGGCUCGGGCCCCUGGAACGGCAUCGGCCUGGCUCUGAGUGUGGAGGGCGGCCCCACCUUCGAGAACGUUCCGGUGCAAUACCGCCGGAGAGCGCCCGCCAAGCCGGCGGCGGAGGGUGCGGCGCAGUAAUAAGUAGCUAGCAGACAAUGCUAUGCUGGGAUGUUUGGGCAGGAGUGGACCGAGAUGGCCAGAGUUUGGGUCGGCAUAGAUGGUUACAUGUGCCAUCUUGUCAAUGAGUUGGGGCUCCGGGUGCUCUAAGGCCAAGGGGGAACGGGGGGCCCCCGUCGAGCGAGGUGCGAGACAGGUGCCACCGGCACGCUCGCAGUGCUGUGUAAGGCUGCGACCGACCUGCCGCGUCCGACAGAGUAUGCGGAACAUGUAAAAUAUAAAGCGU